AGCGUGUAGUUCCGCCCAGAGUCAGAAAUACUAGUUGAGGCAGAGGAAGCGGCAGACAAGAGACGUGUAUACUGUGUACUUCUUUAUUCAAUCACCGUUCAUAUUCAACAAUAUAACCUCAGAGGAAUUAACUCGGACACCGGAUACAUAUUCAACCGACGAGACAGAGUUGUUUACAGAGACGAGACAAGAAGAUGGAUGAGCUGCAAGAUGUACAGCUGACUGAGAUCAAGCCGCUGCUGACCAACAAGAAUACACGCAACUUUCAAGAUUUCGACUGUCAGGAGCAUGACAUUGAGACUCCCCAUGGCGUCCUCCAUGUGACUAUGCGAGGUGUUCCCAAGGGUAACAGGCCCGUCAUCCUCACCUAUCAUGACAUCGGCCUCAACCACAAGUCCUGCUUCAAUACCCUGUUCAACUAUGAGGACAUGCAGGAGAUCACGCAGCACUUUGCUGUGGUUCACGUGGACGCGCCUGGCCAGCAGGAAGGCGCACCUCCUUUCCCCACCAGUUAUCGCUACCCCACCAUGGAUGAGUUGGCUGAAAUGCUGCCCUCUGUGAUGACUCAGCUCAAGGUCAACAGCGUGAUUGGCAUAGGUGUUGGAGCAGGAGCUUACAUCCUCAGCCGCUUUGCGCUGAACAACCCCACCCUGGUGGAGGGACUGGUUCUGAUCAACGUCGAUCCGUGUGCUGAAGGUUGGAUUGACUGGGCAGCUUCAAAGCUGACUGGAUGGACCAGUAAUUUGGUGGAUAUCGUCAUGUCUCACCACUUCAGCACUGAUGAGCUGACAGAUAACCUGGAGCUGAUCCAGACCUACCGCCUCCACAUUGCACAAGACAUCAAUCAGGACAACCUGGCCCUCUUCUGUGGCUCCUAUCAAUACCGUCGGGACCUCGAGAUCGAGAGGCCAAUCGUAGGUCUGAAUGAGGAGACGGUCAACACACUAACGUGCCCUGCAUUACUGGUUGUCGGUGACACAGCACCUGCUGUGGAGGCUGUGGUGGAGUGCAACUCCAGGUUAAAUCCAACCAAGACUACACUGCUAAAGAUGGCUGAUUGUGGAGGCUUGCCCCAAGUUGUGCAGCCAGGAAAACUUGCUGAGGCCUUCAAGUACUUUGUUCAGGGAAUGGGCUACAUGCCGUCAGCAGGAAUGACUCGUCUGGCUCGCUCACGCACCACCUCCUCUUCCAGCAUCACCUCCAUGGACAGCACUCGCAGCCGCAACAACCACAGCCUGUUGGAGGGCAGCGCCACCGGGGCCCUGGACAGCCAGACCGGACCCCAGACUAUGGAGGUCUCCUGCUAAACUCAAUCCCCACCCCACCUGUAUGCACAAUCCCAUAGUAACUUAUGUACCCUCUUCUCCUCUAUUUCUCUCUCUCUCUCUCUCUCUCUCUCUCUCUCUCUCUCUCUCUCUCUCU